UACAGGUGACUCUCUCCACUCUUCACUGGACUUUAGCUGCUCAUUUUAUUCAUUCCAUCUCACUCUGAGAUCCUUACACGGGGGGCACUUCACAGCAUACAGCAUGUUGGCCAGCCUCGAACCAAUCCACUACCUGCAGGAACUCCAUCCUCAAGAUCCCUCGGCUGGAGGAAUGGACCUGGACGUGAUAGACGAGUAUCUGAAAGAACAGACCAGACAAAACAUCCAGACCCGGACAGAGGAGGAACGUCUUCUAGCAGAAAACAGUUGGCCGUGGCGAUUUGCGUACGAGUCGCAGUAUGGCACGCAGUGUGACACGGAGCAGAGUCAACAACAGCAGGUGUGGAUGAAUCUACCCAGCUAUAAUGACUGGGGAGGAGAGUACCAGUAUGAUCCCCCUCCCUGCAGUGACACAGAUUCACACUCCUCCAGUUCGGGGUAUCAGGAGUUCCCUCCGUCUCCGCCCUCACACUCACACACCACUUCUCUAUCAGCAGGUAAAAGGAAGGAGCGUCUAUUCCAGUUCCUGUAUGAGAUGCUGCAGACGCCUCACAUGCGCAGCUGCAUCUGGUGGGUCCAGUCGGCAAACGGUACAUUCCAGUUCUCCUCACAAAACAAAGAGAAGCUCGCCGAGAUGUGGGGCAAGCGCAAGGGCAACCGCAAAACCAUGACCUACCAGAAGAUGGCACGCGCUUUGCGUAACUACUCACGCACCGGAGAGAUCUGUAAAGUCAAGCGCAAACUCACGUAUCAGUUUAACGAGAGAACGCUCAGGGGGCUUCAGAACAACGCACAGAAAUUCAGCCAAAUCUAACUGUAGCAAUAACAGGAUAAAAAUCGAAUCCCUUUGACGUGGGAGAACACCGGAAUAAAUACUGAGUAUUUGUAAUGAAUUUGAAACUCAUCCUAAUUUUGCUCAAUUGAACAAUAAAAUUCACAGAAAUUUUCAAUGAUUCAAAGGAAAUUUGUUUCAGCAAUCGCAGCAUGAACUCAAAAUCUGACACAAUAAUCAUGACUUUAAACAAGGACGCGUUUACAGUGUACCUUUAGAAAGAAUAAUAUUAAUAAGUACCUGAGCAGUACCUUUUUUCUGGCAGUGUGUUUGUAAAUCUGAGGAUUGUCAUGUUGCUCUUAGCUACGUUCUAGUAGUGCGACUGUACAGCAGUAUAGUAGAAAGUAGUGACUUCUUUUUUGCCGUUAAAAAUGUAAUGUUUCUACUUUUGGGGUUUCUUUCGAUCGCAUGUAAAU